CGACGACUUCGUUCGAACGUUACAGUUCUUUCUAUUCGAAAACAGAUGGCGUCCCGCGUACCGUUUUAUAAUGGUAUAUUAUCGGCGAAAGAAACCGUUUGGAUUUAAUUUUUAUGAAACUCAUCUUUAUCUUUUGCCGUCGAAAAAUAUCGUGAAAAAUCAUAAUUAUGAAAUGUUUUAUAAAAGCAACCGUAAAAUCCUAAUAUUUUUUUGAAAAACAUUUUGUAUUUGCUACGGCAGUACAUAUACUAAAAUUGGAACGAUACAGAGAAGAUCAGCAUGGCCCCUGCGCAAGGAUAACACGCAAAAUCGUGAAGCGUUCCACAUUCUUCCGAUCAACCCACCUCUUUGAAUACAGCUGUUACGCCAGAGUUUGCCGAUGACAAGGCCAUUAUUUCUAUCCAUGAUAAUCCUCACACAGCUUCCCACAAUCUUCAACUCCACCUUAACCUCAUGGCUCAUUGGUAUAAAAAAUGGCGUAUCAAAGUUAAUGAAUCCAAAUCACUCCAUACAACAUUUACUUUUCGUCGUACUCCCUGUCCUAUGGUGUCUCUAGACAAUAUUCAAAUCCCUUCCUCUCAAUCGGCCAAAUACUUAGGUCUGACAAUUGAAUGGACACUUCAAAUAAUGAUUACUCGUCGUCGGGCGGAUGGAUUGCAUCUACGAAAAAUAAAACCAAAAGAAUUCAUUCAAAUUCUUUCGAUCAGAGUUCACCACGAACGCCAAUAAAUAAAAAAAAAAAACUAUUUUUUUCCACAAAUCGGUAUGAAGUAUUAUCGCAAGAUGAUCCUCNCGAACGCCAAAAAAAAAAAAAAAAAAAACUAUUUUUUUCCACAAAUCGGUAUGAAGUAUUAUCGCAAGAUGAUCCUCCGUCCGCACCUCCGUCGUAGGAUAAUAAUUCAGCUCCUAUUCAAAAUCCCAUAGAUUCUAUUAAUGCCGCACCAAAAGUUCUGCGACCGCCCCCAAUUUUUGUAAGAGGUUUAUACAACUUCCCUGACCUGUACACUAAGCUUAUCGAGUUAAUCGGAGUAGAUAACUUUUAUUGCAAAUCAUCGACAGAUCGAGUGAAAAUAAUGACAACAAACCCUGAAUCGUAUAGAUCCUUGGUCCACUUCCUGAUAGACCAAAAAUCAGAAUUUCAUACUUUUCAACUUAAAGAAGAUAAACCAAUACGGGUUGUGAUUCGAAACCUCCAUCCAACUACGCCAACUGAGCUAAUUAAAUCUGAGCUUGAAAUGCGCCUAUUUGAAGUUAGGCAAGUCUCAAGUGUUCUCAAUAAAGUAAAUAAACAUCCAUUACCCUUAAUUUUUGUGGACCUUGAGCCAACUGAUCAGUCCAACGACAUCUACAAUCUCACGUCAUUACUUCACACGUUAAUAAAAGAGCCAUACAAGCCCAAAACUAUUAACCAAUGUUCAAACUGCCAAGAGUACGGGCACACUAAAUCCUGUGCACACUGUGUCCGUUGUGGUGCUCAACACACGACGUCCGACUGCCCAAAUCCCAGAGACGCCCCUCCCAAGUGCGCACUUUGUUCUGGAGACCAUCCUUCAAAUUACAAAGGCUGUUCGAUCUACAGGGACCUUCAACGACGCAAAAAAUCAAAGCCAAAUCAUCAAGUAGCUAAUAAUAUUAAUCCUAAAAAUAUACAUGUACAAGAAACGCAACCAGUGAAAGCCACCUUGACACCAUCCACUGUGAAUUAUACCUAUGCCCAAGCUAUUUCUAACUCCAACGCCAAUAAUACAAUUCCUCCUCAUCCAGAUAUUAAUGUACUAUUAGCGAAUUUCAUGAAUGAGUUCAAACAAUUAAUAAAUCCAUUAAUAACUCUUCUCACUAAAGUAGUCUCAAAUCUUUUAGAUAAAAAAUAAUGUCCUCCUCCACAAGCAACUCUAUUUUAAUUCUCCAAUUUAAUGCCAAUGGUCUUAAAAAUCACGUAAAUAAAUUGCAGCUAGUUCUUCAGGAAAAGCGCAUAGACAUUGCGCUAAUUUUGGAAACUCAUUUUACUAAACACUCCUACGUUCCCAUUACUGGAUAUAAUCUCUUGAAAUCAAACCAUCCGGACAAUACAGCCCAUGGAGGUGCUGCGAUUUAUAUUAAGUCCUCCCUGCUGUAUCAGUCACUUCCGAACUUCUGUCAACCAUAUUUACAAUCAUGUGCCAUACUUCUACAUCUCAAUAACAUACCAACUACAAUAGCAGCAAUCUAUUCCCCUCCAAGAAAUAAUUAG